CUAACAUUGAUUUCGCUUUCUUUAUUAUUCUUGGCGCCCUUUAUAACCGCCAUUAGUUGUUGUUGCCGGUAUGGUCCUCUAGAUGGCAGCAGUACACUGUAUAUAUAUAUACAUACUGUAAAGAGGACGCAUUGGAGUAAAAAGCUCAGAACAAAGACCAUAAAACUCGUGUUCAGAUGCUGAAGUUCAGCUGAAUGAAUAAAGAAACUACACGGUUUUUAUAUGUAAUCUCGGGAGUGUUUAUUUAAAGAUUACCGGCAAGGCUAAUGGUUGGAAUAAAUCGGGCAAGAGACCUGCUGCUGCUCUCGAUUGUAUCUGCAUUCAAACCUGGGGAUUCAGGAGGAGAUUCAGAGGAAAUACAGGACAUAGCCAACUGGUAUUCAACAGCGAUUUCAUAUCUAAACAGGCCUAAUGGAGCAAACACGCCAACAUGUGAAAAAGAGAGGGAAAACUCAAUCUCUGAAAAGAAAAGAGAAAAGCUCAGAUUUCACCUGCGCUCAGUGUGGAAAGAGUCUGUCGUGCAAAAAAACUCUGAAGUAUCACAUGAGGAUCCACAAUGGAGAGAAACCAUACACAUGUUCUCAGUGUGGGGAGAAUUUCAGACACUUAUUAUCUCUUAACAAACACAAGAGGACCCACACUGGAGAGACACCAUUCACCUGCACUCAGUGUGGCUUGAGUCUGAAUGGCAAACAGAGUCUUGAGGUGCACAUGAGGAUCCACACUGGGGAGAAACCGUUCACAUGUUCUCAGUGUGGGAAGAGUUUCAGACAAGUCUCAUCACAUAAUAGACACAUGAUCAUUCACAAUGGAGAGAAAACACACAAAUGUGAUCAAUGUGGGAAAGCCUUUUUGAGAGCUUUAGAACUGAAGAUUCAUCUUCGAGUUCAUACAAAAGAGAAAUCCUAUUCAUGCUCUGUGUGUGGAAAGAGUUUUAAACAUCUCCACCAAUUAAGAGUUCAUGAGAAGACCCACACUGGUGUGAGAGAGUUCAUGUGCUUUGAGUGCGAGAAGACUUUUAUUACAGCUAUAGCCUUAAAACUGCACAAGAAGACUCACACUGAAGAGAAACCUUAUAAGUGUGAACACUGUAACAAGAGAUUCCGUCGGUUAGAUACAUUGAAAACACAUGAUAUGAUUCACACUGGAGAGAAACCUUAUAAGUGUGAACACUGUAACAAGAGAUUCCGUCGGUUAGAUUCAUUGAAAACACAUGAUAUGAUUCACACUGAAGAGAAACCUUAUAAAUGUUCACAGUGCAACAAGAGAUUCGGUAUAUCAGAAGCCCUGAAAUUACAUGAGAGGAUUCACACUGGAAAGAAACCUUACAAGUGUUUACUCUGCGGGAAUAGAUUCCGUAAUUUGGGAAGCUUGAAGACACAUAAGAUGAUUCACACUGGAGAGAAACCGUACAAGUGUUCACAUUGCGACAAAAGAUUCACUCAGUCAGAUAGCGUGAAAAUACAUGAGAUGAUUCACACAGGAGAGAAACCUCACAAGUGUUCACACUGCGACAUGAAAUUCAGACAGUUAGGAACCCUGAAAAGACAUGAGCGAGUUCACACUGGAGAAAAAACGUAUAAGUGUUCACAGUGCGACAAGAGAUUUAAACACUUAGAAAGCCUGAAAUUACACAAGAGGAAUCACACUGGAGAUAAACCUUACAUGUGUUUCCAGUGUGACAAGAGAUUCAGUUGUUCAAGACAUUUAAAAACACAUGAGAUGAUUCACACUGGAGAGAAACCUUAUAAAUGUUCACGCUGCGACAAGAGAUACAGUCGGUCAGACCAUCUGAAAGAACAUGAGAUGAGUCACACUGGAGAGAAACCUUACAAGUGUUCACACUGCGACAAGAGAUUCACCCGGUCAGAACAUCUAAAAAUACAUGAGAGAAUUCACACUGGGGAGAAACCUUAUAAAUGUUCACGCUGCGACAAGAGAUUUAGUCGGUCAGGAGGCCUGACAACACAUGAGAGGAUUCACACUGGAGAGAAACCCUACAAGUGUUCACACUGCGAUAAGACUUUCAGUCAGUCAGGACAUCUGAAAUUACACGAGAGAAAUCACACUGGAGAGAAACCUACAAGUGUUCACACUGCAGAAAGGGAUUCAGGGAUUUAAGACUCCUGAAGUCACAUGAGAGGAUUCACGCUAGUGAUGGGCGAUACCACUGGUUUCCUAUCCGAUUCGAUACCAAAUAAAAUAAAGGCGAGUAUCGGUGAUACCAAUCUGAUACCGAUACUUUGCCCAAAAAUUACUGUUUGGGAAAUUGAAGUAACAAGUAGUGUACUUAAAAGUGUCACUUUAUACUGAAUACGAGACAUAUUAUGGGUUAUUCUUGUUUAUUAAUGAAGAAUCAUACAAAAAAGAGCCAACUUACAUAUUUAUUGACAGCAUCGGAGCAUGUAUAUCUUAAAACGCCCGCCUGAACUAAAAAUAAACAUUCACACUUUUUGGUUUAGUGACAUGUUAAUCCGGACCCCUUGAAGAUUUUUGAACCGUUGUUUUAUCAUUGUCACCAAAACCCAAGCCCCCAAAAUACAGUCACAUUUUCUCCCUCUGUACCUGGAUAGUGCCUGCCUGCUGCACCUAAGGACUCUCAAAGUGAUGUCUGUCUUACCGUAGCACCACCUGUACCUCUCCUUUCCUCCUCUUCUGACCACCUAGUCAUGACGUAGUCACAAUCUGUCUUGUGAUUUAUAUGUAGAUGUUUGAUUAGGUUUGUGGUUUUACCACCGUACCUCACUGUUUUGUUUAACGUGAAGUAGCUCCACACAUGGCUUCGCUUGCGGUCACCCAUAUCCAACGCCAGCGUGACUGAACAACAUGUGCCAGCGGACUGAGUGGCUAGCUAGUAUGCUCUGCAAUUGUACUGUGCCAUAUAACGCACAUGGCUUGGCAGGCGGAAGAACAAGUAGUUCCGACUAAGUUGGCAUUAUUCAGAGAAACUAGGGUAAUUGUGGAUACUUUCCGCUGUAUUUCUAUUUCCAAUAAACUAAAUAUUUGCUCCAAAUUACUGAAAUAUCGAUAUUUUAAUAAGAUAAUCGAUUUAAGGACAUACAAAUCUGGUAUUGGAGAUAUCGAUAUUUUAGUAUCAAUCCGCACAUCACUGAAGCUGCGGUCACAGUAGAGUUUGAUAAUGCGAAAUUCUGUCGUGCGGCGCUGCAAAUAGGGGCAGGAUUAAACAAGACGAUUAGACAUUAAAAAAGCAAGCGAUUGCUUCAUGUUUUAAAUUUAUGUCCAGAGAGGUCAUGUUUUGAUCCUCGAUUGGUCUCACGCAGUCAAGUGA